AUGGCCGACCAGAAAGCUUCCAAGUACUACGCCGCCGAGGAGGAGGCGCAAAUGAAGAAGGCGCGCAAGACCGCACACCCCACUAAAUACCGCGAGUCGCUCACCCCCGGAACCGUCCUCAUCCUUCUCUCCGGUCGUUUCCGCGGCAAGCGUGUCGUGCUUCUGCGCCAGCUUGAACAAGGCGUUCUCCUCAUCACCGGCCCCUUCAAGUCCAACGGUGUCCCACUUCGUCGCGUCAACCAUCGCUACGUCAUUGCUACUUCCACCGUUGUCGACAUCGCCGGUCUGGAUGAGGAGGUCGUAGCACGCGUGAGCAAGGACGAGUACUGGGCGCGCGAGAAGAAGGACGGCAAGGGCGAGGACGAUUUCUUCAAGGAUGGCGAGACACCCACAAAGAAGGAGACAGACCCCCAGCGGAUAGAAGACCAGAAGAAGGUCGACAAGGCACUCAUGGCCAACAUCAAGAGGACUCCUGACCUUGAGUCUUACCUAGGUGCCAGCUUCAGCUUGAGGAGCAACGAGAAGCCUCACGAGAUGGUCUUUUAG